AUGAUAAAAUUUUUAAUAAUAAUAAUUUUUAUAAUUCCUUUAUGUUUAACAAUAUUUUAUACAAUUCGUUUAUUAAUAUAUUUAAUAAUUAAUGAUUAUAAUUUAUUUUCUAUUUAUAAUUUAUAUGAUGAAGAUUAUGUUAUAUUAAAAAGUAUAUUUUUAUUAUUAUUUAUAAGUUUAAUUACUGGGAGAUUUUUAAUGUGA